CCGGGCGGGUCCACAGCUCAGCGUCCAGAACCCGGCCGAGUGCCCCCCUCGCGCGCUGAGCCCCGUGGGCUCUGCCCCGCCGCGUUCCGUGCUCCCAUGGCCGGCCCCGCGCUCCUGCGGCCCGGGCCGCCUCCGCCGCCGCCGCUGCUGCUGCUGGCCGCGCUGCUGCCCCUCGGCCUGGGCCUGGGCCUGGGCAGCCCCGGGUGCGGGGCGCGAGUGGACGUGCGGCUGCGGCGGCCGCAGGCCAGCUACACUCUGCAGGGCGCCGUGCUGGGCGGGCCCCCGCGCAUCGCGCCGCCUCCGGGAGCCGGAGCCGGAGCCGGAGCCGGACUACAGGGCCGCCUGGUGCUGGUGGGGGAUGAGGAGCCCCAGCUUCAGGCCGGUGAUGACUGGAUUGGAGUGGUCCCAGUGGGUGAGGAGCAGGUGGAGGCCCAGGGAACGGGCCCUGAGGAGUCCUUCACCUCUUCUGUGGUCAACAAGAUGAAGCGAGCUUUGGUCCUGGGAGCCUCCGCCUUGCUCAUCCUGGCCCUGAAUCAGAAUUCUGUCCGAGAGCUGGAUGUGUCCCAAGUCCUUUCCAAGCCGAUCAUCGUGGUCCAGAUGUCUGACAAUGUCACUAAACUCCUGAGCGCUUUGUUAGGGGGCCUGCAGGCCACGGCCAAGAUCACCUCUCAAGCCACGCUGCUGGAGAAUGUGGGCCUGACGCUGACCUUGUGGUCCACCUGUGGCCUGUCUCGGGGCGGCCUCUAUGGGGAGUGGCAGGGCGUGAUCUGCCCUGGAGAAAGUGGCUCCAGGGUCCAGAAGUACCUGCAGAAGCUAUGGAAUACCAUCCUGCUGGUGGCCUCACUCCUGUGCAUGGGCCUCAUCAUCCAGGCCCGGCGGCAGGCCCGGCAGGGCCCAGUGGAGCCCGACCCCCAGCUGGACCUCAAACAGCACAUCUUGCAGACACUCUCGGCCCUGAAAACCCGUCGCUACCACCCAGGCCGCCAGCACCGGGCAAACGUGCCCGACAUCCAGACCUGUGCCAUCUGCCUGGACCGGUUUCACCGAAAUCAGUGUCUGAGAGUCCUGCCCUGUCUCCAUGAAUUUCACCAGGAAUGCAUAGACCCCUGGCUGCUCCUCCAACAGACCUGCCCCCUCUGCAAACACAACAUCCUUGGGAGCUCUUGGGCUGAGAGCUAGCCCCAGCCCAGCCCAGCCCUGGGGGACCGAGGGGGUGGAAAAAUCCAUCUUAGAGGUGCCCAUAUGGCAGUCUCAAGAACACCGUGCCUCACUCAUCCAGAAUGCGGAUCCCCUCUGCUGGGAAGGCGAACCGGCCCCCCGCCUCGCCUCCUGUCACCACCCAGGAGCAGAAUGCCCAUGCUGCAUCUCCCCUCCCCAUGGGAGGGAGGCCUCUGGGCUGAGCCCAUGGUGACAGCAGUUGGGCUAUGUGGGGGCCUCACGUGGGGGAGCAAGGUCCGGCCUGCCUGGGCUCCACUGAGGCUAGGUCAGCCUGGUGGGGGAGGCCACCCAGGCAGAGACUAGGCCAUCAGUGACUGCCAGGGAGCAGUCCUGUGUUCCUCCUCGGGGCUUAAUUUCAUACUAAUUUAUUAGGGUUAAUAAUGCCUGAAGGCGCUGGAGGGGAGGGCCUGGCCUGCUGGGCACAUCUGUGUACAGUGUAUAACAUUAAAUCAGAGAU